AUGCUACUCUAUUUGACUUUUGAGGCACCAGUGACCUUCAAGGAUGUGGUUGUGACCUUCACCCCGGAGGAGUGGGAAUUACUGGAUCCAGCUCAGAGGACCCUGUACCGGAAGGUGAUGCUGGAGACCUACAGGCUCCUGGUCUCACUGGUUAGCGGGGUCGUGGAUGAUGAGCUGAUUCUCCAAGAAGGGGGAGAGUCAGGCAGUCUGUGUUCAAAAAAUUUACAGGAUAGAGUGUCUACAGCAAAUGCUUCUCAUGAGUGUGAGUCACGUGGAUCAAGGGAAGACCCGUUGUUUCGUGGAGGGAAGAAUGCCUACAGAUGCAAAGCAUGUGGGAAAGGGUUUGUCAAGAAUCACUUCCUUGUUCGACAUCAGCGAAUUCACACUAGAGUACAACUCUAUAAAUGCAAAAAAUGUGGGAAGCCCUUUCUCAAGAAAGCAGACCUCACUGGACACUACAGCAUUCACAUUGGGGAGAAAUGCUAUGGGUGCGUCGAGUGUGGGAAAGCCUUCAGCCGCAGGUCACACCUCACGGAGCACCAGCGGAUUCACAGUGGAGAGAAGCCCUUUGUGUGCAUCGAGUGUGGGAAAGCCUUCAGCCGCAAGUCACACCUCACGGAGCACCAGCGGAUUCACAGUGGAGAGAAGCCCUUUGUGUGCAUCGAGUGUGGGAAAGCCUUCAGCCGCAAGUCACACCUCACGGAGCACCAGCAGAUUCACAGUGGAGAGAAGCCCUAUGUGUGCGGUGAAUGCGGAAGGGCCUUCGCCCACCAGUCUGAUUUCAUUUGGCAUAAGAGAACCCACACUGGAGAGAAACCCUUUGAGUGCAAAGAAUGUGGGAAAGCGUUUAGUGACAGCUCUUCUGUAACUCGACACAUGAGGUGUCACUCUAGGGAGAAGCCUUAUGAAUGCAGUGAGUGUGGAAAGACCUACAGCUACAGCUCAACCCUCACCACCCAUCAAAAGAUUCAUAGUGGGGUGGAAUCCUACGAGUGUAAGAGAUGUGGAAAGGCCUUUCACCAGAAGGCAGAGCUCAGACAACAUCAGAGAUCUCAUACUGGGGACAGACUUUUCUAA